AAGAAGAUCAUCUUUAGGGUUGAAUCAAGAACAGAGGGAAAAAAAUGAUGGUUGAGAAGGAAGAUCUAGGGUUGAGUUUGAGCUUAAGCACUGCGGAUAGUCGUAAUCCGUUACAGCUAAAUCUCAUGCCUUCCUCUGUUUCAUCUUCGUCUCCUUCACCGUUCUUACUUCAGAAGAACUCCUGGAAUGAAGUGUUUGCGCAUUCAGAUCGGAACUUAGAAAUUUACAGAGGGGACGCAAGGUCGUUCCUUAAAGGAAUUGAUGUGAACAGAUUGCCAUCAACCGCUGAAUGCGAAGAAGAAGCCGGUGUCUCUUCUCCGAACAGUACAAUAUCCAGCGUGAGUGGAAAGAGAAGCGAGAGGGAUACAAAUGGAGAAGAGAAUGAGAUGGAGAGAGCAUGUUCUCGUGGAAUGAGUGACGAAGAAGACGGCGACACAUCUAGGAAGAAACUCAGACUGUCGAAGGAUCAAUCCGCUAUUCUCGAGGAGAGCUUCAAAGAACACAACACUCUUAACCCCAAGCAAAAGCUGGCGUUGGCGAAACAACUGAACCUUCGAGCUCGACAAGUGGAAGUUUGGUUCCAGAACAGGAGAGCAAGGACCAAGUUGAAGCAAACUGAGGUAGAUUGUGAGUUCUUGAAGAGAUGCUGUGAGAACCUAACGGAGGAAAACAGGAGGUUGCAGAAAGAGGUGCAGGAACUGAGGGCGCUUAAGCUGUCCCCGCAGUUCUACAUGCACAUGACCCCACCCACCACCCUCACAAUGUGCCCUUCAUGUGAGCGCGUUGCUGUCUCAUCGACGUCUUCCGCCUCCGCCUCCGCCGCUGCUGCUUCGGCGCCGCCGUGGAUGGCGCUCAACAACAACAACAGAUUGCUACGCUCCACCAUCGUCCCAUCCUCAUCAACCCAUGGGCUGCCUCUCCCAUCCACUACCGACCCUUCGAUGCCCCUUCUUCCUCGAUCGUAAUUAGGUUCUACGUGAAGGGUAUUGUGGUCAUCUCGAAA